CUUCUGUAAAUAGAAUGUAUUGUAAUCCUGCCUCAGUCCAACGUGGUUCCUCUCAAGUCAGUGCCGCUUGUCCGCUCCACUUGUUAGGUUUGUAAUGGAGAUGAAUGAUGAACAGGACCGGCCCUAUGGAUGCAGCACUCCUGGCUGCUCACAGCGGUUCCAAACAGAAGACCACCUGAUGAUCCACAGACACAAGCAUGAGAUGACCCUCAAGUUCUCCUCCAUCAAGACUGAUCCCUUCGCAGACCAGACCCCAACGCCGACCCGUUUCCUGCGUAACUGUGAGGAGGUGGGUCUCUUCAAUGAGAUCGAACAGGAGUUCUGCCAGGCACAGGAGGAGCAGAACAACAAACAGACUCAGAAUCUCCCUCAGAAUGGAUCAUCAUGUGCCAAUCAGCCCCAGGCACAGCCCCACUCCCACUCCCAACACCAACCACCGCCCCAUGGUGGUAUGAGGGGUCUAAGCUGCAGCAUGGCUGGCCAACAAGCACUGCCCUCUGCCCAGUCCAACUCAGUCAUCACCCAGGCCCCCUCCAUGCUCACACACUCAGGACCAGUCCCUGGGCCCCUCUCCUCCCUACUGCACCUGAGGAACAACAGACAGAGACAGCCCCUGGCUGCCUCUAUGCCUGGCACUCUGCCAGACCCAGACAUGCAGGGAGCAUCUGCCCAGCACAUGUCUAUGGAAAGACAGAUGUCUAUGGGAUCCAGUAUGAUGAGCAUCCAAGGUCCCCUCCACAACACUUCCUGCUCUUCACCUCAGAGGGCUAAAACUAUGGGUCACCCCCACCAACACCAUCACCAACACCAACACCCCGGAGCUGUCGCCAACAGCAACAUGGAUCCCACCAUAGGUCACAUGAUGGAGAUGAUGUCACCGCGGCAACGACACACUCACCUGCAGCAGCAGCAGCCUCAUCAGCACCUGCAGCAGGCUCUGCCCAUCUCCUACCAGCAGCACUGCCACGCCUCUCCACAUCACCUGGGAAGUGCCCACAGCCAGGGGCACCAAUCAGGGAAUGUGCUGCAUCAUCAGGUUCACCAAUCACCUCCCUCGCAUCUGCAGGCCAGCCACACCCACCAAACCUCCCCUCACCUGCCCCUCCACUCCAUAGCUGUUCAGUCAUCCCAGCAGACACAUUCCCUGCAUGCAGGCCAGGCGGCUGGAGGACGUCGCAGGAGGUCUGUGGACCAGGACCCAGACGAGCGCAGGCAGAAGUUCCUGGAACGCAACAGAGCUGCAGCCACGCGAUGCAGACAGAAGAGGAAGGUAUGGGUGUCUGCCCUGGAGAAGAAGGCAGAGGAGCUGACGCACAACAACAUGCAGCUGCAGAAUGAGGUGACCACUCUGAGGUCAGAGGUUGGUCAACUGAAGCAGAUCCUGCUGACCCAUAAAGACUGUCUGGUUACCGCCCGCCAGAGAGAAUCACAGGGGUACCUCAGUCCAGGGAGUUCGACAGGAAGUCCGACCCCCCUGUGUCCCGGGUUGCAGCGGCAGGCCAUCCAAUCCAGCAGCAUCUCCACCUCCUCAGCCUCCUCAGAUUAAAAAUGAAAGCAUGGAUGGCUGAAUUUCAUUAGUUCACAAGAGUUGGAUCCAGGGUUGCCCAUGCACACACAGGGUUUAAUCCCUGGUUCCAAGGGGCUGAAUCCGUUCUAGAAUCAGCUCACCCUUCCCAUAAUCAUUGGUGGUUGUAUCUCAGUAGUCUAAAUUGCUCCCUCUCCUGCUCUCCUAGCCUCAAUAGACACAGGUGGGACAGAACUGGACUGACUGGCCUCUACAAGCCUUGAGUCUCUGCUGCCGUUGCACAUUUACAGUGACUUUCCCGAAAUUCCAGAAAUCCCGGUUGGACGAUUCCCGGAUUUCCUGCUUAAUGCCUCCUGAUUUCCGUAAAACCUGUGAAUUUUGGUCAAGUUACAGAAUUGUUGCAACCCUAGUCUAUGUCUCUCCAACACUGUGAUGAUAGUCACAUGUAAAUUGGAUCAUAUUGUGUCUUUGGGAAUCUCAGUCAAUCUAUGUGUCUCUGUUAGUGUGAAAUCAGAAAUCCAAGUACUGCUCUAGGACUGUUCCAACCUGGGCUGUGUGUGCAAACAUACCUGUUAUUAUGUCCUUUAGCUUAAAGUAGUGACUGCAUACACUUUUGUUAAUGGUCCCACAUGGGAGUCAACCCCACAACCCUGGCAUUGCAAGCACCAUGCUGUACCAACUGAGCCACACGGGACUUCAUCGCGUCACCUUUUUUUCAGAAUGUGACAUGGUUAGGUCUUGGUUAGGUCUUGGUUAGGUUUUGGUUAGGCCUUGGUUAGGACAUGGUUAGGUCUUGGUUAGGUUUUGGUUAGGACAUGGUUAGGUCUUGGUUCGGUCUUGUAACUUACGCCACCACCAGAACCAGACCAUGAAAGACUCUCGGGCUUAAAACUAGCCUGUAACUAUGGCCCAGAGUUCUGUGUAUGCUACAGUAUGUGUGUAUGCUACAGUAUGUGUGUAUGCUACAGUAUGUGUGUGUGCUACAGUAUGUGUGUGUGCUACAGUAUGUGUGUAUGCUACAGUAUGUGUGUGUGCUACAGUAUGUGUGUGUGCUACAGUAUGUGUGUAUGCUACAGUAUGUGUGUGUGCUACAGUAUGUGUGUGUGCUACAGUAUGUGUGUGUGCUACAGUAUGUGUGUGUGCUACAGUAUGUGUGUAUGAUACAGUAUGUGUGUAUGCUACAGUAUGUGUGUGUGCUACAGUAUGUGUGUGUGCUACAGUAUGUGUGUAUGCUACAGUAUGUGUGUAUGCUACAGUAUGUGUGUAUGCUACAGUAUGUGUAUGCUAUAGUAUGUGUGUGUGGUUGCAUAUGCAACCCACGUCUCUCUGAAAUGCAGAACGUGAAUGAAAACUAAUACAAAUGUACAUUUUAUUCAAAUCUAUAUCAAGACCUGUGAACAGAGUGUCCUUGUUUUGUAAUGAUGUAAUGCAGAGCCUCCUUGUAACGAUGUAAUGCAGAGCCUCCUUGUAAUGAUGUAAUGCAGAGCCUCCUUGUAAUGAUGUAAUGCAGAGCCUCCUUGUAACGAUGUAAUGCAGAGCCUCCUUGUAAUGAUGUAAUGCAGAGCCUCCUUGUAACGAUGUAAUGCAGAGCCUCCUUGUAAUGAUGUAAUGCAGAGCCUCCUUGUAAUGAUGUAAUGCAGAGCCUCCUUGUAAUGAUGUAAUGCAGAGCCUCCUUGUAACUAUGUAAUGCAGAGCCUCCUUGUAACGAUGUAAUGCAGAGCCUCCUUGUAACUAUGUAAUGCAGAGCCUCCUUGUAACUAUGUAAUGCAGAGCCUCCUUGUAACUAUGUAAUGCAGAGUAUAAUGUUUGGUACCUGAUUGCAUGUCACCUGACCAGGAUAACCCCUGACCCUUUGUGUAACUCCUGAAAAGCACUUACUAGUUUCCUACAGGGUAUUUAUCAUGUUAACUAGGCUCACGCUGUGCAUUGCCCUAUAACCAGUAUCUAUGUAUCUUCCUGUAUUGUGAUUGUGUUUUGUUCAAUUUUUUUUUUUUUUACAUAUAUUGACAAUUGCUACAAACUGAAAA